UUGUCUAGUAUGAGGAGACAAUGUACUGUAUACGGUUUGUUGAUGGGAAACUACACUCAGGCUACAAUCCCGGUUUGAUUAAGCCUACACCGCACUGAAUCAAUCUACAUUUUGGUAUGAAUUGUAGCAAAUUUGACAUUAUCAGUGGCCAAUCUUUAAGGAAGCAUUUUGUGAGGAGGGUUGUGGUAUAUGGAGUCUGUUAAAACAGAUUUGUGUUUAGAGAAGGCUUGAGUUUAAUCUGACAUGGCUUUUUAUGUGGAUGAAUGCAUUAUUUAUUGAUUGAUAGAUGUUUAACACAUUUUGGUUUGAAGUCGUUGCCUCACAGUUGUGUUGCAAAUGCUUUGUCCUGAUAGACUAUGCAGGAAUAUUAUUUCACACACACACUUCCUAGUCUAAACAAACUUUGUAGACGUUCCCUUGGCGUGUUCCGCGAUGAUGAGGCAAAGCGCAUUGUCGUGCAGUGAGCGCACUUCGCUGUUCCUUUAGAAUAGACUGACUACGCACUGAAGGAGCUCCUCUUGCCUAGGAGCCUUUCAGAUAUAAAGCAAAUUGCGAAAAUUAUCUUGUGUGGGAGAACAGUGAUACGACGGAGAACCAUAAGAAUCAUUUUUGGGGCACGCUAUUUAGCAAUGGAUGAAAAGCAUUGUCAGCGCUGGUAGAAGAUGAAGAGAUGAGCAACUGGCUUGUAGCAGAUAAAGUGACUGAACCAUAAUACAGUAGCUAUGUUGACUUAUCUUUUGUGUGAAACAUACAUUUGUUUUAUGUAUUGCACAGUCUGACAACGUUUUUGGGGCAUGGGACCUUAUUUUAAUUUUCGUUAUUAGACCAUUUUGAUGCACGACCAUUUGAACUCCUGUAGUUACAGCAGUGGAGCUGACAGUAAAUGAGAGACCGUCACGAUGCCCCCGGGGGAGUAUGGGAUGCUGGGCGAGUGGGAGAAGGAGGGGGACCAUGACAUCAUGAUGGACUUCCUGCUGCCCACCGGGAUCUUCCUGAAAUUCCCUGUGUCUCGCAAUGACACCAUCGGGGCCAUCAAAAAAAUGGUGUGGAGGAACGCUAGCAGCGAGCCCCUGUAUGGAGCGCUGAGCGACGCGGACGCUUACGUGUUCACCUGCAUCAACUCGACGGCAGAGCGUGAGGAGCUAGAAGACGAGACCCGUCGUCUGUGUGAUGUCCGGCUCUUCAUGUCUGUCCUGAGGCUGGUGGCCCGGGAGGGUGACCGUGUGGAGAAGCUCACCAACACCCAGAUCAGCCUGCUGAUUGGCAAAGGUCUGCACGAAUUUGACUCCCAGAAGAACCAUGAAGUGAAUGAGUUCCGGGUAAAGAUGCGGUCCUUCUGUGAAGAGAAGGCCCAGGACCGCCAGCGGUUGCCAUGGUACCAGUGGAUGGAGUACAGCUUCUCAUGUGAUCUAGAGCCAUGUGUUUCCCUGGCAGAGCCUGGGGGCAUCAAGACAAAAGGCACUAAGAAGAUCUUUGUCAAUGUCAAGUUUGAGGCCAGCGAUGAAAGCUUUAUGCUUCAGCAGGAGCCCCAGGACCUGCCGGUGAUCUUAAUGCGGAGUGCCCUAAAGAAGAAGGCCACUGUGUUUCGCUCAGUGCGACAGGAGAAGCCAGAGGACUACACUUUACAGGUCAAUGGGAGAUGGGAAUUCAUAUACGGGAAAUACCCCCUGUGCCAGUUCAAAUACAUCUUCUCCUGUUUGAGAGGGGGUCAAACCCCCCACCUGACCAUGGUUCAUCACUCCACCGUUGUCAAAUACCAGGAGGAGCAGGGCUGCCUGGGCAGCCAGCUGUCCAAGAGUCGCUCCUUGUCUAAGCCCCCUCCUCUACCCGUGAAGAAGCAGAACACGUCGUCUUUGUGGUCCAUUGAGGAGCCUUUCCACAUUCACUUGCUACAAGGCUACCGAGUCAACGCAGAUGAAGGAAUGAAGCUGGUCGUCCAGGCAGGUCUGUUCCACGGCAGUGAGCUGCUGUGUAAGGUAGUGACCAGCGGUGAGGUUAACGUGUGCUCCGAGCCCUUGUGGGACCAGAAGCUGGUGUUUGACAUCAGCGUGAGCGACCUGCCUCGUAUGAGCCGCCUGUGCUUUGCUCUCUACGCCGUCAUCGAGAAGGCCAAGAAGCCCCGCUCCACCAAAAAGAAGAACAAGAAAGCUGACUGUCCACUAGCCUGGGUAAACACCAUGGUGUUUGACUACAAGGAUCAGCUGAAGACUGGGGAGUUCCUUCUCUCCACCUGGCCUUCAGUCCCUGAUGAUAAAGGCGACCUCUUGAAUCCAAUGGGCACAGUGGAGAAAAAUCCCAACGUUGAUAGUGCAGCAGGACUCCUCAUUCACUUCCCCAAUAUCCGACCUCACCCUCUCUACUACCCCCAUUUCGACAAGUUGAGGGACCUAGAAAAAAAUGGAGGGAAGGUUAUAGCCACCAAGGUAGAGCAUAUGAAGCUAAAGGAAAUAGUAGACAAUAAGAACUACACAGAGUUCUUUGAGGAUGAGAAAGAGCUUCUGUGGAAGCUACGCGGUGUGGUGCGGGAGCGCUACCCAGAGAGUCUGUCCAAACUUCUCCUCAUCACAAAAUGGAAUAAGCACGAGGAUGUAGCACAGAUGGUGACAUUUCUGCAGAAAUGGCCGGACCUCCCUGCUCUCCAUGCCCUGGAGCUGCUGGACUACAGUUUCCCUGACCCAAUGGUCCGCUCCUUCACCAUCAGAUGCCUAAGGAAGCUGAGAGAUGAGGAGCUGCUCCAGUACUUGCUGCAGUUGGUUCAGGUUCUGAAGUAUGAGUCUUACCUGGACUGUGACCUUGCUACUUUUCUGCUAGAGAGAGCCCUCUCCAACAAGAGGAUAGGUCACUUCCUCUUCUGGCAUCUCAGGUCAGAAAUGCACGUAUCCUCGGUCAGUCUGCGUUUCGGCCUGAUUCUAGAGGCUUACUGCAGAGGCAACAUCUAUCACAUCAAGAGCUUAUGUAAACAGAACGAGGCUCUGAACAAGAUGAAGGCUCUGAAUGACUUUGUGAAGUCAGGCUGGCAGAAGACAUCGCGCCAGCAGAUGACAGACGACAUGAAGCUGUGUAUCAAACAGGAGGCCUACAUGGAGGCCCUCUCAUGUCUGCUGUCCCCGCUCAAUCCCAGCAUCAUACUCUCAGAGAUUUGUGCGGACAGAUGCAAGUUCAUGGACUCCAAGAUGAAGCCCCUGUGGCUCAUGUACAAGAACAAAUGGGUGCAGGGGGACGCUGUGGGCAUAAUCUUCAAGAACGGAGAUGAUCUCCGACAAGACAUGUUGACCCUCCAAAUGAUCCAGCUGAUGGAAAUCCUUUGGAAGAAAGAGGGACUAGAUCUAAGGAUGAUCCCCUACGGCUGCCUCUCCACCGGGAACAAGACAGGCCUCAUUGAGGUGGUGAAAAACUCAGACACCAUCGCCAACAUCCAGCGCAACAACAGCAACAGUGCUGCGACUGCUGCCUUCAACAAAGACGCCCUGCUCAACUGGCUUAAAUCCAAGAACCCAGACAGGGAUAAACUUGACCAGGCCAUUGAGGAGUUCACACUAUCAUGUGCUGGUUACUGUGUAGCCACUUACGUGUUGGGUAUCGGAGAUCGCCACAACGACAAUAUCAUGAUCAAGGAAUCUGGGCAGCUGUUCCACAUUGACUUUGGGCACUUUCUGGGAAACUUCAAGAGCAAAUUUGGGAUCAACAGGGAACGUGUGCCUUUUAUUCUGACGUACGACUUUGUCCACGUCAUCCAACAAGGGAGGACCAACAACAGUGAGAAGUUUGAAAGGUUCAGAGAGUGCUGUGAGCAGGCCUAUAAGAUCUUGUGUCGCAAUGGGACUCUGUUUGUUAACCUGUUUGCCAUGAUGAAAGCAGCCGGACUGCCUGAGCUGAGCUCCUUCAAGGACAUCCAGUACCUAAAGGACUCAUUGGCUUUGGGGAAAUCGGAGGAAGAAGCGCUGAAGAAUUUCAAAGUCAAAUUUAACGAAGCUCUGAGAGAGAGCUGGAAGACCAAGGUGAACUGGAUGAUGCACUCUCUUGCCAAAGAUAGCAGACUUUGAAUAAAAGCCACUGCCCGGAGAAGCGUUCUGAACCUUAAUACCCCUGAUUUGUCGAUCUGAUCAGGGUUUUCAGCUUAUGGAGCCAAAAGGAAUGAAAAUGCACUGAAGUCUUUGUCGUAAAAUAAGAGCAUUUGGCAAUGUUUUACAGAUGUUUACACCUGACUGCCAGUCAUGGUUAUGGUUUAUGAACUGAUGCAAAACUGCAAGUACUUGUUGACAGUCACAUUUCUUUGGGAGUAAUUGCCAUUGUUACUAUAUCAUACAGACAGUAUAGGGUUGAAAAUCAUUUGCACGUGGGCACGCCCCGUGUCAACCAGACCUAUCACCACACGAAUAGCGCCCUGAAAGUGACAAUCUCAAACCAAAUUGGGAGCAAACAACAUAAUAAUUAUGCCUAAUGAAACAAUGUAUGAACAUUUUGUCAGGAGAGUAGUAAGAGAGAGGAGUUAAAUUAUAUGUGAAAUACUGUAAUAGGAGAUUGAUUAAAUGACUUGAUAAGUUGUUUGCAUUGAUUAUAGUUAAAUGACCAGGCCAGAGAGAGGUACGUAGGACCUCAAGUCUUUCAUGCGGUUUACAUUCAUUCUAUGAUUUUUUAUUUUUUUAAACUUUUGAAUUUGAUUAUUUUCAUUGAAAUAUACUGUAUCCUCUGUUGUACAGUGAGCUCCAAAAGUAUUGAUACGUUGUUUUGCUGUUUUGGCUCUGUACUCCAGCACUUUGGAUUUGAAAUUACACAAUGACUGCGAGGUUAAAGCACAUACUGUCAGCUUUAAAUUGGGGGUAUCUUCAUCCAUAUCGGGUGAACCAUUUAGAAAUUACAGCACUUUUGUAAAUAG